AUGGGCAAACAUAGUAGCGAUGAAGAAGAUUUGGGUGAUGUGCCUGAUGAUGAUCAGUAUGACACCGAAGAUUCUUUCAUUGAUGACGCUGAAUUGGACGGGAGAACGGGCGUGCUUGUAUUGCAAGAUGGGCGGCGGAGGCGGGAUGCGGCGAGUAGCAGCAGAUGUUGGAGGAUGGGAGGUGGAGCAACGGACAUUGGAGAAGAUCCGGCGACCAGGCGUGAAGGUGGAGUACCAGAUGUUGGAGGACGAGAGAAGCGGACGGGGGUGGAGGUGGAGCACUGGACAGAGGUGGAAAUAGAAGGACCGAGGAUGGGAGGUGGCUCGGAUGAGUACUUUGAAGUUGACAAUUUGAAAACCAAGCACACUGGAUUUUUUGUGAACAAAGGGAAAUUGGAACAAAGUGAGUAUGGCUCAGUACAAAAUGUUGUACCAGAUGGCACAGUACAAAAUGUUGUACCAAAGAAACGGAGAAGAAGAGACUCUUCAAAUUCUUACAUCGAAAAUAGCAAGGAGCUUGCACCAGGCAGCAUGCCUGUAAAAGCCCCUAAAAGAAAUGCUGAAAUAGGAAAAAACAUAGCAAGUAGCGACUUAAGUUCUUACAGCGAAUAUCACUCUGAAGGCAACAAACCGUUGACGAAUAAAAGUAAUUCCCCUGGAAGAAUGCAGAAAGGGAAUGCCAGUGAGAAUGCAACUGGUGCUGAGUACGCAUCACAUCCGAAGAUAUCAAGUAAGGGUGUUUCGUUACCUUCUUCAGAAAUAAAGGACUUGAACAAGCAUAAAACUGCAGUGCCGCAGGCUGUUGAUUUUGCUCGUAAGUCAACAACUAAUGCAACAAACCCUUAUCCAGCAUACUUGGAGAAGGAUGCUGCAGUGCAACUUGAUCUCCAAUUGAAAAAAUCCUCUAAUGUGGCGAAGCCAGAUUUGCCAAAGAAAAUGCGCUCCAAAGAAAAAUAUGGUGUCAAUCAGUUUCCUGGCUUGACUACAACAGACAACGUAUAUUCGACACAAACAACGCACUUGGCUGCAAACAGGCGCAUAGAAGGUUCAGGUAUUAAGGCCAAGGGUACCAGACUCGAGCGAGCUAUUCGUGACCUUGAAAAUAUCGUUGGUGAAUACAAACCACAUACUCUUGAUGUUCCCUACAUUGAUCCAAAUUGUCAAGGAGCGGUGAAAAGAAGACUGCCUCAAGAAAUAAAACAAAAACUUGCUAAGGUCGCAAGGUUAUCGGCAAAUCAGGGUAAAAUCUCAGAAGAUGAAUUGAUCAAUCGCCUCAUGGGCAUAGUGGGGCACCUUGUGCAGCGUAGGACACUGAAGAGAAACAUGAAAGAAAUGGUCGAAUCGGGUAUGUGCGCUAAACAAGAGAAGGCUGACAAGUUCCAGCAAGUGAAAACUGAGAUCUAUGAAAUGGUCAAAGCACGUCUAGACACCAAGCCCAAGGUUACUGAACAAAGGGAUGAUUCAGCACAUGAUUUUCAAGGGGGUGUCAGUAUUGAUGAUAAAACAGCCUUAAAAGGCAAAUUUGUCCUGGAUGCUCCACUGGAGGACAGGAUCUGUGAUCUAUAUGAUCUUUAUGUUGAGGGUAUGGAUGAAGACAAGGGCCCUCAGAGUCGUAAGUUAUAUGUAGAGGUUCGCAACGAGGAGAGAAUGAAGAGGAGAAGGAUAGCUGCUGCCGCCAAGUCACGAGAUGGCAACCCAAUGGUGGCUCAGUACGCUACAGCACAGCAAGUUAUGCAACCGCCCGUGAAAGAUGCUAGUCCAUCGAUGACAAGCACGCACACCUUGUAUCCUGUCGUUAACUAUGGACAUAGCCAGGUCUGCAGAAACGCUGGCAGAGUUGGUGAAGUGACGGUGGGUGCAGUAUCUGACGGCAACCGUAGUUCUUCUGCGGACAUCAAGAGGAGAAAACUAGGUUCUGACGCCGCCGUGGAUCUGCAACUGCAAGCUAACCCACUGAAGGCUCCCCCACGGUAUGUCAGCGAGAAGCAGAAGCCUGCGAAGCGUGCGGAUGAUGUAAAGGUCGGCAGUAGCAGUAGCCUUCCUCAGACGGUGCUUGCCGUUGCAGGCUAUGACCCCCAGCGGCCCGGCUACAGCUAA